UCGUGUAAAAAUUUUCGAUUUUGCCUUCCUUCAUGAGUUAUAUGGCUAUACAGAGGAACUAUUGACAUUUCUGAGGCAGACCCAGUGUUCACGGUAUAUCUCCCAAAUUUAUGAACGGAACUCAAUGGAACUUUACAAACGUAUUCAUUAGGACUUAACGGAGAUGUUUAGCUCUUUAAAUUAUUAGAUGGUUUUUAUGCAUAUAAUACUUAUUUCUUCCUUUUCUUAUGUAACGCCUCAACGGCACAUUGAACUUUGUCCCAUAUCUGCACCAGCGAUCGUUCUCUUUCGUCGCCCUGCUAGUAUUCGUUUAACCGCGAUGCGAUUAAUUUAAAGCUUUAAAAAUCUUGACCGAAUCUAAUACGCUAAUUUAGCCUAAUAUUAAAAUUAAACAAGCCAGAAAAACUGCAUCUCCUUCUCCACAACCUCACAAAUUCCGUCCAAUUCAACGCUCUUGGAGCUUGAGAGAAAUGCCCUCAAGGCUCAACUGAAGAAGAAUGGCAGAAACAUGAACAGUUUCAGUUAGGUAUCUCCAGCGGUGAUGACGGCAGUAAACAAGCAGCUGGAAGAAGGCCAGGCUAGCCGUCUGUUUGCCGUGGUGCACAUAAUGGGCAAGCAGUUCCUCGUCAAAGCAGAAGACAUCGUCGUUGUAACUGGUCAUUGGCCUCCCAAGCUCGGGGAGUCUAUAAGAUUGGAAAAGGUUCUGGUCAUCGGCGGACGUGACUUCUCGUUGGUUGGUAGGCCGCUGCUGCCUCUCCACCAGGCGUACGUGGACGCAACUGUGGUCGAGAAGACGCUCUCACACACCAAGAUCUGGUUCAAGACAAUCCCCCGCGGCAAUUUCAGGAGAUGGAAAUGUAGGUUGCCAGCUUAAUUGCACAUCCUUCAG